CCCGACUGGCAGCGCUGGUCGUGACUCACGACGUGACGUCAUUAUUUUCAUUUAAAUUAGUUUAUUUUUAGUUUAAAAGCUGCAUGCUCUCGGCCCCUGCCAAAUUUUAAUACAUUUAUUCUGUGAAUACAACAAAUAAAAAUGCAGGACCCCAACGAAGACACCGAGUGGAACGAUGUGCUCCGCGCCAAGGGAAUCAUUGGACCCAAGGCCAAGGAGGCGGAGAUCACAGAGGACCAGAUCCAGAAGCUGAUGGACGACGCCAUCCAGCGGCGCACAGACCUCCCGCUGAACGAGGGCCAGCGGGACAAGAAGAUCGACGACAUGUCGCUGGACGAGCUCGACGAGCUGGAGGACUCGGAGGACGAGGAGGUGCUGGAGCAAUACCGGCUGCGGCGCAUCGCCGAAAUGCGGGCCACCGCCGAGAAGGCGCGUUUCGGUUCGGUUCGCGAGAUCUCCGGCCAGGAGUACGUCAACGAGGUGACCAAGGCGGGCGAGGGCAUCUGGGUUGUCCUGCAUCUGUACGCCAACGGAGUGCCCCUCUGCGCCUUGAUACAUCACCAUAUGCAGCAGCUGGCCGUGCGCUUCCCGCAGACCAAGUUCCUGCGCUCUGUGGCCACCACCUGCAUACCGAACUUCCCCGAGAAGAACCUGCCCACCAUCUUUAUCUACCACGAAGGAGCCCUGCGCAAGCAGUACAUCGGUCCCCUGGAGCUGCGCGGCGAGAAGCUGACCGCGGAGGAGCUGGAGUUCAUGCUGGGCCAGGCGGGCGCUGUGCCCACAGAGAUCACAGAGGACCCACGGCCGCAGAUCAGGGACAAAAUGUUGGCCGAUUUGGAGGACAAGAGCGCGGACUUUUACUAGGCAGGAAAUAACCCAUCUACGUAACCCCUUUGGAGUGCCUCAAUAUGCUAAGGAGUUAUUAAUCUAAUUUCUUGUUAAAUACUAAGUUCACAAAUUCCUGGAAGAGGAACUGACUCCCAAUUGGUGGCACUCCAACCUCAGGGGGGCUCCAUUUUCAUUUCAUUAUUUUGUGGCAUUUAGUUUUCGUUUUCUUCACACAAAUAAAUUGUUUACUUUUUCUACUAGAA